AUGCUGGCGCGGUCCCGGUUGCCGAACCUCUUACCCCGGCUCUGUACCUUCCGUCCUAGCCUCACCAUGAGCAGCGUUACCGGUACCGUCACUGUCAACCAGCCCCUCAACUACCGGGCCGGCGCCCGCGUUCAGCCCGCUGACGGUGGUCAGGCCGAGGAGGUGUAUGAACCGGCCACAGGUCGAGUGAUUAGCAAGCUACUCUGCUCUGGGGAGAAGGAGGUUGAUCUGGCUGUGCAGAGUGCAAAGGCUGCCUUUAAAAUAUGGAGCCAGAUGUCUGGCAUGGAGCGAAGCAGGGUACUGCUGGAGGCUGCCAGAAUUAUUCGGGAGCAGAGAGAAGAAAUCGCCACCUUGGAAACCAUCAACAAUGGGAAAUCCAUCUUUGAAGCCAGAGUGGACAUUGACAUCUCCUGGCAGUGCCUGGAGUAUUACGCAGGACUGGCAGCAUCUCUAGCUGGUGAACACAUCCAGCUUCCUGGAGGAUCCUUUGGGUACACUCGGAGAGAGCCCCUUGGGGUGUGUGUUGGGAUUGGAGCCUGGAACUACCCUUUCCAGAUUGCCUGCUGGAAGUCUGCCCCAGCCUUGGCUUGCGGCAAUGCGAUGGUCUUCAAGCCUUCUCCCUUCACCCCCAUUUCGGUGGUGAGGUUGGCAGAGAUCUUCACAGAGGCCGGUGUACCCAAGGGGCUCUUCAACGUGGUGCAGGGUGGAGUGGCCACAGGCCAGUUCCUCUGUCAUCACCCAGAUGUGGCCAAAAUCUCUUUCACUGGUAGUGUGCCAACUGGCGUCAAGAUCAUGGAGAUGGCAGCUAAAGGGAUCAAACCAGUCACCCUGGAGCUGGGAGGCAAAUCCCCCCUUAUCAUCUUUUCAGACUGUGCCUUGGAGAAUGCUGUGAAUGGAGCCCUCAUGGCAAACUUCCUCACGCAGGGCGAGGUAUGCUGCAACGGCACACGGGUGUUUGUGGAGAGGAAGAUACUGGAUGUCUUCACAAAGGAGGUGGUGAAACGCACCCAGAAAAUUAAAGUUGGAGACCCACUUCUGGAAGACACACGGAUGGGAGCCCUCAUCAACCGGCCCCACCUGGAUCGUGUCCAGGGCUUUAUCAAGCAGGCAAAGGAGCAGGGGGCAGAGGUGCUGUGUGGAGGGGACCUGUAUGUGCCAGAUGACCCGAAGCUGAAGAAUGGCUACUACAUGCGACCCUGUGUGUUAGGGAACUGCAGGGAUGAUAUGACGUGUGUGAAGGAAGAGAUCUUCGGGCCUGUCAUGUCCAUUCUGCCGUUUGACACAGAGGAGGAGGUUGUGGAGAGAGCCAACAACACCAAAUUCGGCCUGGCAGGUGGUGUCUUCACCAGGGAUAUCCAGAAGGCUCACAGAGUAGUAGCUGCUCUCAAAGCCGGGAUGUGCUUUAUUAACAACUACAACAUCAGCCCUGUGGAGCUGCCUUUCGGAGGAUACAAGGCAUCAGGAUUUGGCAGAGAGAAUGGGCGGGCAGCCAUCGAGUACUACUCGCAGCUGAAGACUGUCUGUGUGGAGAUGGGUGAUGUGGAAUCUGUGUUUUAGUGGCUCUGGGGCCUGCUCAAGGGAGUAUCAGCAACUUCUUGCCUGUCAGCCAGAGAUAUGGAUCAUUUACACAGCAAUAAAGUGCUCUAAAAUUGUAAGUGCCUGGGGGGGAGCAUAGCUGAAGCAACUUGUAACCAACCUCCUCCUGCACACAGGACUCAGCCCGUGGGCCUGCUCUG